AUGGCGUCCAACCGCGAUACAUCCGCAACAAAUGGCGACGGUAUACCCAAAAUCGGGCCUCAUCCAGGCUUCAUCUCCAGUUCGAAUCAAUACACAUCAGAGCUAAAGCUGCGUCGCAUGCUCAAAGACAAUGGCUGCGAUCCCGCGAGACAAGAUAACUACAGUCUUAAAGGCGUGCAACUGAUUGACAACGUCAGACAGUAUCUACAACUACCUGUUCGCACUUUUGACACGGCGUGCACAUACUUUCACAAGUUUCGACUCAACUUUCGAGAUGCAGAGUACGACUAUCAAGACGCAGCGCUGGCUUCCUUGUUUGUCGCUUGCAAGGUGGAGGACACAAUCAAAAAGUCCAAGGACAUUCUAGCAGCAGCGCAUGCUGUCAAGAACCCCGACAAGCCUGCAGCACCGGAUGACAAGAUCUUUGAACAAGGAAAAAUCAUCAUCUGUCUCGAACGCCUCAUCCUCGAAACGAUCGGCUUCGAUUUCCGAACGCGCUACCCUCAAAAACUCCUCGUCAAAGUCGUCCGUGACAUUUUCGGCAAAGCAGGCAAACCAUUCUACGACACAGCAUAUGUUAUGUGCAUCGACAUUUACAAAACCUUUGUCCCUAUCAAGCGCACAACCUUUUCCAUGGUCAUGGCUAUCGUGGAGCUCACAGCUCUCAUGACGGAGCAACACGUCGAAAAGGUUCGGGAAUACACAAAGACGAAACCGCAGUACAGUCGCGGUGCUGUUAUGGAGACGAUGCUGGAUAUUUUGGAUCUCUAUGUCCAACAUUCUAAAUCCACAAAGAUUGGGGCGCAGAUUGAUCAGAACAGGAUUAUCGAUAUCAAGAUUCGGCUUAAUAACGAUCUUGACAAGGCUUUCGAACCGAGGUAUCUGAACUUUUGCAACCGCUGUGAAGCUGAAGAUCCGCAGCCAUCUACACCUGCAUCUGCUACAACACCCGUGACAGCAGCGUCUUGGCCAGGAGAUGCUUCGGGACGACGUACGGCGCGUGGACAAGAGGGAACGAUGCGGUUUGUGUUUGAUCCCGAGGCUGCAAAGAGGGAGCAAGAGAUGACGAGUGAAUUCUUUAAAGAUGAAUAUGAAGAGUACGAGGUCGAGGUUGAAGAGCCGAUAGCGCCGCUCCCUGAAGAGGGUCCACCUCCUGGACGAGGAGGAUACCGGGGGCACAGAGAUCGUGGUGAUAGAAGAGGAGGACCUUAUGGAGGAUAUCGAGGGGAUAGACACUACAGAGGAGGAAGGGGUAGACGCCACUGA